AUGGGCAACGGGGUGAGCCAGGAGGUGGUCGCUCGGUAUGACCCGCUUCUUUCGAAGAUCAGCGGCGCGCAGCCGAUCGAGCUCCGCGACCAGACCUGGCAGGACCUCCUUUCCAUCGACACCUCAUUACCAGCGGCGGACCCAGAGGCGCUCGAGGCCUCUCUGGCCCCCUAUUGCCUAGCACUGGAGGAGAACAACGGCGUUACAUGGAACUACCACAAACUUCUGCUCCAGGUCGUCGAGCACCUCCGCGGCGCGGAGGGGUGCACGUCGGUGCCCCAGCGCGCGGUCAACACGGUGUACCUAGCGCGCGCGUUCACGAAGCACGCCAUCCAGACGCUGUCGUCGGAAGCGCUGAUCGCCUUCUCAAAAGACCCCCCGGGGGUCGUUCCGGACCACCCCGUGCCGCACCUCCGGCGCUCGACGCACAGCGUGGUGCAGACCGUCCUGCGCGCGGCCGCCGGGUUCUUCGUGAGCGAGCCCAUCAACCAGCACAGCUACCUCCUGCACCACGAGGUGCUCACGCUGCUGCUGGUGGCGUUCUCCACGCAGCUGUUCACGCCGCUGCCGUGUGCGCCAACGGGCACGCACCCGUACGCCGAGGCGUUCAUGGCGCUCCCGGAGCUCGCGCCGGCGCUCCUCGAGCGCCUCGUGUCCUGCGUCGUCGACCGCGCGCCGCUGCCGCGGGGGGUGUCGAUCCACACCCCCCGCCGCCCCGACAAACCCGGCGCGAGCGGCGCCGGCAGCGCGACCUCCGUCGUGUCGUACCUCUCCAGCGCGCUCACGAGCACCCUCAUGCUGCCGUUCACCGCCGCGAAGUACGCCGUCGGCUCCAACUCCCCCGGGGGGAGCCACCACGCCGCGCGGCCCACGCCGUCGCCCUCCCCGCUCGGCGACGCCGCGACGAUGACGCUCCUCGUCAUCGUGCACUACGCGCCCCCGGAGAACGCCCCGCCCAACGCGUUCCGAUCCGCCCUGCACGCCCUGGAGGACCUCGACCUGGAGCAAGGAGACGCCCAGGCGGCGCUGGCCGAGGACGGGCACGCGGGGGGCAACUCGCCGCGCGUGUCGUGCAGCGCGGUGCUGCAGGCGCUCGAGCGGGACAUCGCUACCGACCCCGGCCCUCUGCUCCUGUACACGUUCUUACAUGGUUCGAUGCAGUUCCGGGACUUUUGUUUGUCGCGGCGCGCGGACCUCUCCCCGCUGCUCCUGCGCGUGCUGGAGAUCCUGCACCGCCCGCAGGACUGCGCGUCGUCCCGGAUGUACAUGCUGCUGAUCACGCUGCUCAUCCUGAGUCAGGACCGGGACCUCGCGGCAGACAUACACACCGUCACGGUGCCCUCCGUCCCGUGGUUCAAGGAGCGCCGCCUCACGAACGUCCCGCUCGGGUCGCUCACCUUCGCGACGCUUCUCAACACGGCGCAAUUCAACCUGGUCCGGCUGCGCGACGUGUACGCGCACACCAACACGCUGGCGGCGCUGGCGAACCUCGCGCCGUCCGCGACGGGCCUCACGUCGCACGCCGCGCAGAAGCUGACCUUCUUCGUGGAGUCCCUCGCGCGGCGCGUGGCACGCCUCGAGGCCGCCGAGGCCGGGGGGAGAAACGGCGCCGCGUCUGACGAGGUGGAGCCGCAGGCGUACUCCGACUUCCUGCGGAUCGUGCUCGAGGUCAUCAGCGCGAUCCUGGUGCACGGCAUCGACGCCAACGCCGAGCUCGUGUACGCGCUGCUGCACCGGCAGCGGGUGUUCGCGGCCCUGCGCGAGGCAGGGCGCGUGCCGGAGCUGCUCCCGAACAUCGAGACGACGAUCGCGUUCUUCCAGAAGCACGUCGACGCGGAGCUGAGCGGGGGCGCUGGCGGCGACGGCGGCACGCCGCCGCCGCAGUCAGCGGCGGAGGUGCGCGGGAUCAUCGAGCGCGUGCUGCCGAGCUUUCCGCGCGACAGCUUGGUGCCGCUGCCGGAGCUGCGGUUCACGUACGAGGAGGAGCCGCGGCCGGAGGAGUUCUUCGUGCCGUGCGUGUGGGCGCUGGUGGUUUCGCAGAGUCGGCACGUGCCGUGGGACGUGGGGGGGGUCCAGAUAUACGCCCCGGAGGACUCUGCGCACGGGAACGGGGGGCUGGGGCAGGACGAACUGAUGCGGUCGCAGUCGUCCGUGGUCGCGUCCGAGAGCGGGAACGUGUGA